AUGAUAAUUAUCGCUAAAUGUUUAUUACAACGGUUGUUUUUAUUAAAGGUGGAUUGGGACGCAGCGGUUCCCGAUGACGUCACGCAAGCCUGGCACCGCUUUUUAAACAAUCUAGCUAUUUUACCUAGCAUUCGCAUACCACGUCAUGUUAUGUGCAAUGACCCUAUAUGUAUAGAAUUGCAUAUAUUUUCAGACGCAAGCCAAUUAGCUUAUGGUACUUGCGCCUAUGUACGAACGAUUGAUAAUAAAUCAACUGUUACCGUCCGGUUGCUAUGCUCAAAAAGUAAAGUGGCCCCAAUUUCGCCUCCGUUGAGUACGCCUCGAUUGGAGAUGUCCGCGUGUUUAUUGGGCGCUAAAUUAUAUAAUAAAAUAAAAGAAUCGUUCCGCGCAAAAUUCAACCGAGUAAUAUUUUAUACCGAUUCAACAAUUGCGUUAAGUUGGCUCCGAAUGCAGCCUAAUUUACUAAAACCUUUCGUACAAAAUAGGGUUGGAGAAAUCCACGAAAUAACGAAAGAACAUUCGUGGCAUCACGUUAGCGGCAAGUGCAACCCGGCCGAUUUGGUUUCUAGGGGAGUACAGUUGGACGCACUUCGCACCUCCAGUCUCUGGUGGACCGGUCCCGACUUCCUUCAUGACAUUAAUUAUAAUGCUCAGAGUGUCGAUCCGUCAUUGUUGCCAGACGAGUCCCAGAUACCCGAACGUAAAACUAAUCCUAUGACUAGUCUGGUAUGCAACGAAAAUAACAACAAUAACCUAUUUACAUUCGACAGGUUUUCUCAGUUCAACCGUAUGCAACGCGCGGCCGCAUAUGUACUUCGCUUCAUUCAUAACGCGCGCAAUAAAUAUGCACGUCGAACCGGUGCGCUCACUGUAGAUGAACUGAGGGAAUCUGAAAUAAUACUCUCGCGCUUAUCGCAAUUGGAGUCAUUAUCGGAUGUUCACAAUGCAUUGACAAAGAACAAAUGUAUCGCAAAGGGUUUCUUAGCCAAAUUAAAUUUGUUCAUUGACAAUAACAAGUUAAUUAGAGUCGGAGGACGGCUUACAAAUUCUUCUAGGUUUCAUUACGAUAAGAAACACCCGAUAUUACUUUCUAGUAAGCACCAUUUUACUGUUUUAUUGUUCCGAUAUGAACACAAAAGAUUAUUGCACGCAGGACCGCAGCAUAUAUUGUUCUCGCUUCGCGAGGCCUGGUGGCCUGUAAGCGGAAGGAAUUUAGCUAGGAAAGUGGUACACAGCUGUGUUGUUUGCGUUCGUUUUAAGGGUAAAACGCUAACUCCUAUUAUGGGUAAUUCACCUUCAGAGCGAUUAGAACCCGGGUUCGCGUUUGUCAAUUGCGCUGUGGACUACGGAGGUCCAUUCUACAUUUUAAACCGCAAAGGUCGGGGAGCCACAACGUUUAAGGCGUAUUUAUGUAUACAUAUUUAUAUGCUUUGCUACACGCGCAGUUCAUUUAGAGUUGGUUACCGAUCUCUCUUCAGAUGCUUACCUACUGGCGUUGAAAAGGUUCAUUUCGCGUCGUGGUAAACCUUCAAAAAUAUAUUCAGAUAACGGACGGAACUUUGUAGGUCUUAUGAAUGAUUUUGCAAAGUUUUUAAAAUCAUGUUCAGGCGAAAUAAGAGAAUACGCGAAUUCGCAUAAAAUUGAAUUUAUUAUGACACCACCUUAUGCUAGUCAUUUUGCCGGUCUGGUUGAGGCUGGUGUUAAGAGUUGCAAGCAUCACUUGCGACGCGUGAUAGGUGAUGUUAAGCUAACUUACGAACAGUUUAGCACGAUUUUGACUCAAUGCGAAGCUAUCCUGAAUUCCAGGCCUUUGAGUCCUUUGUCCUCAGACCCGCAAGACUAUACCCCUUUAACCCCUGCUCACUUCCUCGUUGGACGUCCGCUGACAGCUCCUGCGUGCGCUGACCUCAACGACGCUCCCGUACACCGUCUGACACGAUACCAGCGAGUGGAGCAAAUGCGACAACAUUUCUGGGCCAGGUGGUCGAAGGAGUUCAUAUCCGAGCUGCAGGUCAGAACAAAGUGGACGAGGAAUAUGGACGACCUCAAGGUGGACACUCUCGUCUUGAUCAAGGAGGACCAUGCUCCGCCCCUCAAAUGGAGCUUAGGGCGAAUCACCAAGACUUUCCCGGGUAAAGACGGCGUCUCCCGAGUGGCCGAUAUCCGCACAUCCCGCGGCACUGUACGCCGAGCCUUUUCGAAGAUCUGCCCGCUACCUACGCAUGAUGACUAACUUCACCGUCUCAUUGGAAGUUGACUCUUCCAAGGCCGGGAGCUUAUGUUAAGGCAUACCUAAACCGCAUAGAAACUGGCGGCGGCCUGUGACCUUCAGCCUGGCCGCGCCUAGCGACCCGUGCGCUCAUCCCCGGCUGCGAUGCACCUACGUCACAUACAUGUUAUCGCGUCAUGUCACCAGCAGCCAAUGAGAAGCAUCCAUCGCGUAUAUGUCGUGAUCGGCAGCCAAUGGUGUAGCCGCUCGUCAUCCCUGCGCGCACCAAUGAAGACAGAGAAUGACACUCACAUUUCGAUCUCUCACCGAACUACCACGUAGCUUAUACGUACUUUUAUUUUGCUUUUUUUAUAUAACGUUAAUUAAUUCAUAACUAUGUAGAAAAUCCCGAAUUAUAUAAUUAAUUCGAAGAA